AUGAAACUCGGCAAGCCGGCCGAUAUACAAAAGACUACAUCUCGUGGUGGUGUUGGAAUGAUAGUUAACGAAUCGAAAACGCCAGGAGCCAGAUCACUUCAGAGUUUGACGUUUAUUUUCCAAGAUGAACAAGAGGAUAUUGUGUUGGAAGAACAGCAGCCGCUAAAACAAAAAGAGAUCGAAAAAACGCCAUGCUCGCCAAUCGACACUGUUGACCGAUACCAGACAUCGGAUUCUUUAUGUGAUAUUAUUGCUGACGAUAUGCUCAACUGGUCUGAUCGAGUUGUCGUUCGUUUCGAUAAGGAGCCUCUUACUGAUUUCAUCGAUCCGAAGGUUGUCGAAGCAGAAGAAAUGGCAAAACUUGAAGUAGAAGAAUGGGAUGAGUAUCCACCCAUUGAUCCUGCUUCUAGAAUUGCUGAUGAUUUCAAUUACCCGAUUAGUUUGGAUGAGUUAUGUGACCAUGAUAUCGACGAGUUGGAAGAUGGGGACAAUCCACCAAUUACCAGUUAUACACCAAAAAUAGAAUGGAAUCGAGAAGAACGGAAGGAACGUUUUGAUCGUUUAAUGAAAUCAUCUUAUGACGUUUAUGAUCUGAUUGCUGAACGAGAAGCUAUUGCAAAAAACUCAUAUUCUGCUGAAAACGCUAUUCCAAUAUGA